AUGUCGAAUGCAGUGUUGUUAUUGGACCAAGAUGUUGACGAUUUGGCAACUGUAUCCUUUGUGGACGAAGCGCUUAUGGUAGCUAUCCUGCGUUGCCGAUUUCGGAAGAAGAAGAUCUACACCGCAGUGGGCGAAAUUCUGCUUUCCCUAAACCCUUUCGAGGCAAUCCGUCAACCACUACCAAAUGCCGUCGCGAAUGUGGAACCUGGCCGGCCAGCGCAUUCGCCCAAACCAGCCGAAUGGUCACUGCCGCAUAUCUCUGUCUCCGCUUCCCGCGUGUAUCAAAACCUUCUGGAACGACAUCAUGCCCAGUGCUGCAUAUUCAGCGGAGAAAGCGGAUCGGGAAAGACGGAAGCAUCGAAACUGUUUUUAUCUCAUUUAAUGCAGAUCUCCAAUGGUGAUCAUGAGCUGGAACAAAAAAUCCUGAUUAUGAACCCCUUGCUAGAAGCCUUCGGCAACGCCCACACCAGCCUAAAUCAUAAUUCUAGUCGGUUUGGAAAGUUCAUUCAGCUAACCUUUGCCGACACUGGGAAAGUAACCGGGGCGAAAAUUUCUGAAUAUCUGCUGGAGAAAUCUCGGAUCACCCACCGGAACCCAGGAGAAUCUAACUUUCACAUUUUCCACACUAUUAUGAGUGAUCUACCGGCUCAGUUGUUAAAGAAACUGAAACUCGAUUCAGGCGCAACAUACGAAUAUCUAGAUGACGUGCAAGCGAGACAGCGACCUCCAGUUAACGGGCAUCUGCAAAACUAUCGUGACCUUUGCGAUGCGUUGUCGGUAGUUGGAUUUAGCAAAGAUGAGCAGUAUCACAUUUUUACCAUUUUGGCAGCAAUUCUUUGCCUGGGAAACGUAAAAUUCACGGAAGAUCCCGGCGGGAAAAUUCCGUUUUGCACGGAUACGGAAAGAUUCGUCAAAAAUGCCGCGAGUCUAUUGGAAACUGAAAGGCAGAAUCUUAGAAAUCAACUCCAAAAUUUGGAAAUCUACUCGCGGGGUGAAGUAAUCUGCCGACCAUAUAGCAAAAGCGAGGCUGAAGACUGCCGCGAUUCCAUCUCCAAGGCAUUAUACAAUCGUCUAUUUCGAUGGAUAAUUCAUCGUAUUAACGAGAUGUUACUCCCAAAAACACCGGCCGAAAAAUCGGAAAAGAUACCGAGUGUGCUCUUAAAUGUCGGAAUACUGGAUGUAUUUGGAUUUGAAAACCUGCGCACUAAUUCUUUCGAGCAGCUGUGCAUCAAUCUAGCCAAUGAACAAUUGCAGCAUUUCUUCAAUUUGAAAGUGUUCCAGCAAGAGCAGAACGAAUACGAAAGCGAGGGCCUGGGAGUAGAUAAGGUCACUUAUCGAGACAACAUAGACUUACUGCAUAUGUUCCUUGAUCGACCGAUCGGUAUCCUCUCCUUGAUGGACGAAGAAUGCCACUUCCCUCAGGGUUCUGACGCUUCGUUGGUUAUCAAGUUUCAACAUCAUUUCGCCUCGCAUGCAUCCCGCUUCCGCUCCACAUUUCGCCCGGCUCCUGGCCAAGCGCCGGUUCUGCCGACCUUUACCAUUUGCCACUAUGCUGGAGAUGUGCUCUACAACGCCAAAGGCUUUCUGGAAAAGAAUCGCGAUAGCCUACCCGAGCGACUGUGUGUGCUACUGCAGAGCAGUCCACACGCGAUAGUCAGCACACUCUUUCAGGCUAAAGUAUCGCGUACAGGCUCACUGGUGUUCGGACAAAAACUGGAGCCGGCACCCGUGCCGGCUGGGACAAAAAAAGCGGAACACGGGGCGGGAUUUGGACGGAGUACAAGAAAAAAGCUGACACUUGCUUACCAGUUCAAAGCAUCACUAACGGCACUGCUAGAUGAACUACAUCAAAGUGAAACAUAUUUUGUCCGAUGCAUCAAGCCAAACAUCGAACAGAUUCCCAACAAAUUUGACAGCUCCCACGUUUUAACGCAACUGCGCCAUGCCGGUGUUUUGGAAGCGGUAUGGAUUCGCCGUCAGGGCUUCUCGUACAGGCCCACAUUCUCUGAAUUCAUGGCACGCUUCCGAGGUCUUUUUAACCAAAGCUUUGACAGGCCGAUGACGUUGAUUGAAAAGAUCUUGGAACCCUACGGCUGUCAAUCAUGGCACCUGGGUAAAACCAAGGUCUUCGUCAAAUAUUGUGUUGCCGAUGACCUUGCCAGUCGGCUGCGAUUGCGUGAAACAGCGGCCAAAAAGAUACAGCGAUGGUUUCGAAACUGCAUGUGGAGAAAACGAAUACAGCAGGAAGCGGCCGAGCGCAUAAAUCUUGCCGCUGGCUCCAGUGGGACGUUUUCCGGUGCGCAUAGCGAAGCAUCCACGUAUCAUUCUGAGCACUCACAAUCAGCUGACCACAUCGAUGGUUAUUCCCUGGCGGAUGCGCAACAGGUGUCCCAGUGGUUUAAGGAUUGUGUCUAUGAGCAGCUUGCAUCCGGUGUUGCACAGGCAAAGAAGAAAACGCAAACCGGAAGACUGCACAAAACGGAUUGGUUUUUCACAAACUUAAACCGCCGGGAUGCCGAAGCUUUGCUCCGAAAUCGCACGGUGGGAUGCUUCCUGGUGCGAUCAAACCAGAGUGACUUUAAUGUUCUUGUUCUUUCGUUCAAAGCUCCGGAACGAUGCCGACAUUAUUUGAUUGAUUUUCUUCCCAACGAUAAAAUGAUGGUGCGAGGGGAAAGUAUAGCGCAUAGCAAUUUAGCGGAGUUGCUGGUUUAUUACCAAUCGCAUUCUCUGUCAAAUUACACCGGCUAUUUGACGGAAGCAUACUCUUUCCGGAACCCAGCUAAAGUAGACGAAGGCCGCCACGGCACACCGAAAAAGAAACUGCAGCCAGCAGAAUACGAUCAACUACCACCUCAAAAGAAGUUUUCGCGUUCACGCAAAUCCGGCAAAUGCGGCGACAGACGGUAG